AUACCUACCACCUCUUAGAAUAUGAGACUCCGACCGAUCUCUCCUCUUGACCAGUAAGAGACUCACCCUCACCCAGAGAACUCGUCUCAACUUUUUUCACCACCACCAUUUGGUCGCUCACCCUCGUCCGGAGAAAGUUGGAGGAUGAGUGGGUCAGGAAAAGGGCUCUUGGGCUUGUGGCUCUACCGCAUGGGGGACAGCACGGACUGGACCCUGAAGGAAAGCGUGGGGCGGAAUAAGGAGCCUGGAAAAGUGGGUGGCAUACAUACUUUUAACUAUGUACUUGUCUCAAUUUCGUUCAUUUUUCAGGGCCCCGUCACAUCCCAGCCGCGACUUAUCGACCACCCAAAAGAGGGUCAGAACCAGAACUGUGUCGUGUUUUCCUUGAAAAAUCAAGUCGGUGGGUUGGCCCGGGCGUUGAAGGUUUUUCAGGACAAUGGCGUCAACGUGAUUCACAUCGAGUCUCGCAAGUCCAAGAAGAAGCCAUCCGAGUAUGAAAUCAUGCUCGACGUGGACUGCGAGCCGGAACUGAUGGACGAAAUUAUGAAGACUUUGUCCGACGAAGUGGCCGCCAUCAAUCUCACGUCGUACGAACAGGGGCACAAGUUCCCACGACCGUUGCAGAGUCUUCAGUCGAUGAGCAGUUUUGAUUUCGGAGAUAUGCCCUGGUUUCCGAGAAAAAUUCAGGACCUUGACCAAAGCCAAAGGGUCCUCAUGUACGGGUCCGAGCUGGAUGCGGAUCAUCCUGGAUUCAAAGAUCCAGUUUAUCGAAAACGACGGAAAUUCUUUUCCGAUCUGGCAAUGGGUUAUAAAUAUGGCCAGACAAUCCCUCGAAUUGAAUAUACCCCAGAAGAAGUUCGCACUUGGGGGACCGUUUUUCGCGAAUUGCACAAAUUGUAUCCAAAAUAUGCUUGCAAAGAAUACUUGGAAAAUUGGGACCAACUCAUCCAGUACUGUGCUUAUCGGGAAGAUAACGUUCCCCAACUUCAAGACAUUGACAUAUUUCUGAAACGCAAGACUGGUUUUCAACUCCGACCUGUGGCAGGGUACUUGUCCCCACGGGAUUUUCUGGCUGGAUUGGCAUUCAGAGUUUUCCACUGCACUCAGUACAUUCGACACUCUUCGGAUCCAUUUUACACUCCGGAACCGGAUUGUUGCCACGAACUUUUGGGACACAUGCCACUCCUCGCAAAUCCAUCAUUUGCCCAGUUCUCGCAAGAAAUUGGUCUCGCAUCACUGGGGGCUUCGGAAGAAGAAGUUGGGAAAAUUGCAACGUGCUACUUUUUCACCGUGGAAUUCGGGCUUUGCAAACAAGACAAUGAACUCCGCGUCUUUGGGGCUGGACUUCUGUCGUCAGUCGCCGAGUUGAAACAUGCUCUUGAAGCGGUCAACAAAAUCCGGCGAUUCGAACCGGACGUGACCUGUAAAGAAGAAUGCAUUAUCACAUCGUAUCAAAAUGCAUACUUUUAUACCGACUCGUUUGAAGAGGCGAAGGAUAAGAUGAGGGCAUUUGCCUCCACGAUCCAGCGACCGUUCGGUGUCCGGUACAACCCUUACACGCAGAGUGUCGAUAUUCUCAGCAAUGCUCAGAAAAUAGCAGCUCUCGUCUCCGAACUUCGUGGAGACUUGUGCAUUGUGAGAAAUGCUUUGAAAAAGAUUCACGAGCAGGAUGAGACCGUUGAUGUGGAGAGGUUUGCACACAUGCUGAAGGAUCAGAUAGACAUUGACCCUGGUGACCAGGAGAGUCUCAGCGGUCGUGCGACGCCAUGCUUCGAACGGGGCGCAAGCCCAAAUGGGGAUCAUCCUCCCGAUAAGUAAACUUAUGAGAACUGCAAUUUAAUAUCUUCAUGUUUUUUUGGGCUUAGGAAAUUAAAAAGAAUCUGUAGGGAGUAGAAAAAGCUGAAAAUAUAUAUGUAAUUAAUGCAUGUUGUUUUAGAUUCCACUUAGGAUUAGCUUGACCUCUUGGUCUCCCAGAAAUAAUAGGACCUUCUUUCCUAUUGUUGCAUCUAGAAAAAUUGUAAAGGCUUGCACACAUUUAUUACACUAAUUAUAACUUAACUAUAUAAAUUAUUUGAUAAACUAAUCGACCAAGAAAAAGGGAACAAACAUUAUUGUUUCAUGGAAACACGGGACCAAUCCGUAGAGUAGUUAAGCUCGAUUUUACUUAUCUUAAAGUAAAGUCAAGUACAUAAAAGUAUGCAACUUUCUCUUCGUAGUGUGUAUAUGUAUGUACUAUAUAAAAGAAAUUAUCCUCUAAAAACACCAAUAUUAUGUGUUAUUUUAAUGUUUACGAAAAAUGCAAUCGCAUCAAUUUGGCGUUCAGUUUAUAUGUAGCAGUAGAAGUAGUAAUAAUAGUAUGUAUGUAAGUUCUAAAUUUCAACAGUUAAAAAUUAGCAUAGUUAUAAUUACCCUCAUUAAAUAUCAUAAUAGUUAAAAAUGUCAUGUUUAGAAUUCAAGAACGGGACUGAAAGUGCUCACAACUUGUGAUGUUCAAAAUGCCAGGAAAGCACGGAAAGAAGACGGGAUUGUGGCAGUAGUGCUGCUUAACUUAUGACUAAAAUUAAACAAUUAAUUCAGAAAAAUGUUAAUUAAUUAAUUAAUAAUUAAAUGUAAUGAAAAGUAAGAAAUAAAUGUGAAACGUUUUCCGAUAGCAGUAGAAAAAAGUUCUCAUUUUGAAACGGGCAUCUAAAUUGUACAACCGGCGAACAAGUGCGCCAACCACCUGCAGCAGGAGCAGAGUCUGACGUUUUUGGGAGAAUUUUCGUUAAAUAAAUCAAAUUUCUUAAUUUAUAGUUAAAAUUAAUUGUAAUAUUUAAUUGUUCACUGUUCACGAAGGGGUUAAAUUGAGUAUUCUCCAAUUUCAAAGUCUACCACGACAUGGCAGGCCCCGUGAUGCAGUCGACGAGCAAUUUCAAACGGACUUCACUUUACUUGGAUAUACAGGAAGACGACGACAGCAACGAAAGUACGGGUUCAUCUCCGCUCUCCCCCUGUGUUCCAGUGGGCGAUGAAUACGACGAACAGCAGGUCGUCAAAAGAUCAAAAUUCGACAAUGUAGCAGACGAGUCACAAGCCUUGAUGCAAAUGAAUACAGCCUUGUCUCAAAUUACCAGUGGAAAUUUUAAAUUUAACCUUGGAUUCACAACGGCAAGUGGAAAAGAAGUCAAAAUAUCGGAGGAGGCUAUGAAAAAAGCAUUGAGUCUCAAUAAGGAAUUUGAAUCGGCGGACACUAGCCGAAAAUCGGUGCCUCGAAAGUCCUUAAUUUCGUCUCCCAUGAUCGUUAAAGCAUCCCCGGGCCCAUCUUCUGUCAACAGUUUCAUGCAGCAAGGAUCAGCUCACAAAAAGUUCAAGCCGCCGACCCGAACCCCAACCGCUUCAACGUCCCGAGGAUCUCCAUGCCCCCCUUUACGAGUGGAACCCCCUUCCAGUGAGACUCAAGAGGUCAUGGACUGCAUCGAAGCAUUAAUGGCGGAUGAAAACAACGACAUGGACAGCGACGACGGUGUGGUUUCAUCUUCACCUCCACUCUCACCCUGUUUUCCACGACACGAUGAACAACAGGAAUCAAAACUCGAAAAUGAAGAAGGCGACGGAGAAGUCUUGAUGCAACUGAAUUCAGUCUUGUCGAAAGUUACCAAUGGGAAGUUCAAAUUCACUCUCGGAUUCACAACGGCAAGUGGAAAGGAAGUCAAAAUAUCGGAGGAGGCCAUGAAGAAGGCAUUGAGUCUCAAUAAGGAAUUUGAAACGGCGGACACUAGCCGAAAAUCGUUGCCUCGAAAGACUACAAUCUCGUCUCCCAUGAUUGUUAAAGCAUCUCCUCGUCCAUCCUCCGCCACGAUUGUUAAACCAUCCCCUGGCCCAUCUUCUGCUACGAUUGCUAAACCAUCCCUUCGUCCAUCGUCCGCCACGAUUGUUAAAGCCUCUCCUUCUGCCACGAUUGCUAAAUCAUCCCCUCGCCCAUCUUCUCCCAUGAUUGCUAAAACAACACCUCGUCCAUCUUCCGCCAACAGCAGAAUCAUUCAGCAAGGGUCAGCUCACAAAAAGUUCAAGCCACCGACCCGCAUCCCCGUGGCUUCAACGUACCGAGGGUCGCCACGGCCCCCUCCGCGAGCGGAACCCCCAGCCAGCGAGACUCAAGAGGUCAUGGAUUGCAUCAAGGCAUUAAUGGCGGAUGAUGACGACGGGUUUUAACAACCUUGCCCGUGACGAAACAAUGCAUUAUUACUGACUUUUUGUAAUAUUUAAUCAAACUCAAUCUAAACAGUUCCUGGUCAUUCUUAAAAGUUUACUUGGUUACAUGUUCUCUUAAAUCGUAGGCAUUCGUAAAUGUUACUCAAUUCUUUGUUCCGUUCAAUUCAAUCAAAAUUUUACAUGAUCUAUAAAUAAAUAACAACAAAAUGUA